GAUCUUUCUACCCUAUAGUCUCUUUCCUGGCUUGCCCCCAUCUCUGCCUCUUUAAUCUACUUCCUGAGUCACCAGCCCAUAAGCAGUGAGCAAAGAGGUUAAAAAAAGAGUUAAUGUGGCACAGGCAGGAGGGAGAAGGGCCCUGAGGGAAGCAGGUAGUACAGCCACAUAAAGAGCCCCACAAGCACCGGUUAAAGCGAAAAGAAGCUGCCGACACACAGUGCUCGAGAUCUUUUCCAGUCAAGCUUUCUGCUGGUGAUCUCUUCCUCAUUCAUUUAUCCACUCAACAUGUAUUAAGCUUCUCAGGUGGGCUAGAUACUGGGAGACGUCAGUCUACUCAUCCUGCCUCCUCCAACGUUAGAGAUUCUUCUUCCUCAGAUGGCUGCUACUCUGAGUUAAGUGUCACUUUCUCCCUUUAUGUCACCUCCGCUCCCUCCCUCUAGCAUGCCAGGAAUGAGACUAUAGUGGGACCCACUUUUGUAUCAUGAAGAAGGAAAGGAAAUGGAGAAGAAAAGUCCCAUUUCAUACUGCCAUCUCUCUCCGUUGCUCCUCAGCCCCAACUUCAACUCUGCAGCUGGUGUUCAGCAUCAAGUUCAGAAUGAGUCAUGCUCCCAUGAGCCCUCAAGUUGUGCCCACCACAGAAUGGCAGAAACUCUACAACUCAAUUCCACCUUCCUACGCCCAACCUUCUUCAUACUGACUGGCUUUCCAGGGCUAGGAAGUACCCAGACUUGGCUGACACUGGUCUUUGGACCCAUUUAUCUGCUGGCCCUGCUGGGCAAUGGAGCACUGUUGGCAGUAAUGUGGAUAGACUCCACACUGCACCAGCCAAUGUUUCUACUCCUGGCCGUGUUGGCAGCCACAGAUCUGGGCUUAGCCACAUCUAUAGCUCCAGGGUUGUUGGCUGUACUGUGGCUUGGGCCCCGAUCUGUGCCAUAUGCUAUGUGCCUGGUCCAGAUGUUCUUUGUACAUGCACUGACUGCCAUGGAAUCCGGUGUGCUUUUGGCCAUGGCCUGUGAUCGUGCUGUGGCAAUAGGGUGUCCACUGCACUACCCUGUCCUGGUCACCAAAGCCCGUGUGGGUUAUGCAGCCCUGGCACUGAUACUGAAAGCUGUGGCUAUUGUUGUGCCUUUCCCACUGCUGGUGGCAAAGUUCGAGCACUUCCAAGCCAAGACCAUAGGCCAUACCUACUGUGCACACAUGGCGGUGGUAGAGCUUGUGGUGGGUAACACACGGGCCAACAACUUAUAUGGUCUGGCACUUUCACUGGCCAUCUCAGGUAUGGAUAUUCUGGGUAUCACUGGUUCCUACGGACUCAUUGCCCAUGCUGUGCUGCAGCUGCCUACCCGGGAGGCCUGUGCCAAGGCCUUUGGUACAUGUAGCUCUCACAUCUGUGUCAUUCUGGCCUUCUACAUACCUGGUCUCUUCUCCUACCUCACACAUUGCUUUGGUCAUCACACUGUCCCAAAGCCUGUGCACAUCCUGCUUUCCAACAUCUACUUGCUGCUGCCACCUGCCCUCAACCCCCUCAUCUACGGGGCCCGCACCAAGAAGAUCAGGGACCGACUCCUGGAAAGCUUCAGAUUCAGAAAAAGCCUUUUGUGAUGACCAGUGCUAACAAUGGAGCCUGAGAGUGAAGGUGGGGAGAUACUCGGAGGGGAUUCUGGGGUGUGGAUUAUGUUAUCUUCAUCCACUGUCGGCAUAUGACUAUUAUCAUCACUUAACAUGCUGUGGAGUCCCUACUAUGUGCAAUACUGACAUCUGUAGACUUUGACUUAAACAUUACCAUGCAGGAAAAAUUAGUGUAGGAUCAUAAUAAACAAAAUCUAACUUAACUCCC